UCGGUCACAUGGCUGCCAUGGCAACGCGGCCCGCCCGCGCGGCGGCCCCUCCCCGUCCCGGCCCGCAUGAGGCGGAAGCGGCCGCCGGGGCUGCUGUGGCCGGUGAUGGCCGGCGUCCUGCUGGCGCUGCUGGCCCUGCUCUGGGGCUCGCAGGUUUUAAAAGCAUUUGAUUACUUCCCUCCUUGGAAGGAACAGCAACAGAUGUACAAGUUGGACAUAGGCUGGCCUAAAAUUCCAGAAUACUUCACUGGCCAAACAUUUUGUGUUGCUGUUGACUCUCUUCAUGGUUUGGUCUAUGUGGGACAGAGGGGAGACAAUGUGCCAAAGGUACUUGUAUUCUCAGAGGAAGGCUAUUUUCUUUACUCAUGGAAUAAUACAGUUGAAAUGCCUCACGGUAUCUUUGUAUUGAACACUGCAACAGAUAGUUCAGUAUGGAUCACAGAUGUUGGAACAGGGAAAUACGGACACACCGUGAAACAAUAUAGCACUUCGGGUAAACUUAUGCAGAUCUUGGGCACGCCGGGUAAUGCUGGUUCAAGUUUGAUUCCCCUACAAUUUGAUCAACCAGCAGAGAUCUUUGUAGAGGAGAGCGGAGACCUGUACAUUGUGGAUGGAGACGGAGGAAUGAAUAACAGAUUGCUCAAACUGUCCAACGAUUACAAGGAGAUAUGGCUGACUGGAACAAACGGGACCGGCAUUGGCCAGUUCAAGAUUCCUCACAGUGUAACAGUGGAUCCUUUUGGACGGGUAUGGGUUGCAGACAGAGACAACAAAAGAAUCCAAGUCUUUGAUAAAGUCACGGGGGAAUGGCUCGGGUCUUGGAACAACUGUUUUUCAGAAGAUGGACCCUAUUCUGUCAGAUUUACUGCCGAUUACAAAUACCUGAUUGUAGCUCAGCUGAAUAUCAACCGGUUGGCAAUCUUGGCAGCACCACCGGUUGGCUCUAUUGGGGACUGUGUUAUGAUCCACACGGUCCAGCUGGCAGAUGAAACUAAACCUCACCUUGUGGAUGUAGACAUGAAGAGUGGAGCAGUCUAUGUUGCGGAGAUUGGAGCCCAGCAAGUACAAAAAUACAUACCCAUAAGUUGAUGGUUUCCCACCACUGCUGUGGCACAAGCUGUGUGACAUAUAACACCUAUGACCACAUUUCCUUGAGUUUUCUGUAGCUUGUGUUUCCUUAGACAAGCAUGAAACAUUGUGCUCGCAGUACUUUAGAGCUAAGAAUCUAGUUGUCCUGCAGUCCUGGAAAAGCACUUGGUCUUGAACUGUUACUAACUUUAGUAAUGCUAUAGUGGCUUUUGCUUUUGUUGCUGGCAAUUAUAAAAUGACUUUCCUAUGCAUCUUGAUUUUAUUAUAUAAAAUUUUACAAACACAGCUGCUGUUCUUAAAUGUAUAGGGUCUUCUUGAGGGACCUCCAAUUAGCCUGUGCGUUAAACAAAGGUCAGAACUGCCUGAAAGAAGUGUAUAAAUGAUUUCCUGGGAGGCGAGCACCAUAUUUUAAUGUUUCUUCACUUUUUUUUUUAAAUCAUUGUGCUGAUGCUGCCCAACACUGAAUAUAGGGAUGCAUUAUGAUGUUGAGUAAGGUGCUGCUGAAUAGUGGUGUCAGUACUGACAACUGGCAUCUGCCUUGGGUGGUUAAUGACAUAAGCAUUGAAAUCUUAGUUUUCAGCUCUAGCUAAAGUGGUAAAGUCUGUAAUAAGCUUAAGUUAAAUUGAUAUCAGGCACUUCAAACUAAAUUAAAUGUGUGUGCACAGCAGCCAAGUACUGAUUCUUAACUAGAUCAAUUCUUAACCUGAUUUGAUUUAUAUCAGCAUGAGUUUUCCAUUCCAUAAUAUUUUAUAGUGGAACAUAUUGAAGUUCAACUCAUUGCAAUUUGCUAGGAAAGUCUUAAUCACCAUUAGGGACUGGGAGAGACAUGAUUUUCUUCACAUUUCAUUGAAGCUCUGUCAGUUAAUAGCAGUGCAUCUGUUUUGACUUGGGAAUUUUUAACUGUUUUCUAUCCAGAACUUAGACUUCAUGAACUCUGUUAAUGUCUAGAGUUUCUUAUGCUGUAUCUUAGCAGGUAUCUCCAAGCUCUGUCCUACAAAAUGCUGUCUCUUUCCAUUCCCAGUCCAGAAUGAUUCUGUUUUGUUUACAUGUAGCUACAAGAUUUUAAGUUAAUUCACUCUAUAGCUUAGAGGGAACUGGAUAUAGGAAAAUGUGAUGGAGAAAAUGGCAUGACAGAAAUGAGAUCGUGAAUAACUGAUUACCUCUGGAAAGCUGUGGACCCACUUUCCAUAUUUAUCUGCUAGCUCUUCAAAACAUUUUGGAGGAUUUUUGCUGUUUCCACAUGCUAAUUCUGCUGUGUGGACUAUUUUAAUGCUAAUUACCAACGAAGAUGAGCAAUUCUUUUCCUGCUUCCUUAGAAAGGGAAUAUGGGAAAUAGAAUUAUUCUGACGGGAAAUAUCCAUGUCAGUGACUGUUACCAAAAGCAAGGGCUUCUUGAUUUGUCAGGUUUCAACCUAUGAUCACAAAUUUGUGGGUCAGCAGGUGGAAAAAUCUAUCCAGAAAAGUCAGAUUCAUAUUUGUUGUGGAAACUCAGCUGUGAACCCUGAUGCCUGAGUCCAGCAUUAUUUGAGAUUAAUGCACUAAAUGUGAAUGCUUUGUUGUUGGCUGCAUCCACGAUAACAAAAGCAGCUCUUACUUGGCUGCCCUCAUGCAAGCCUUAGAAUCAGAACUUCAGAGUUAUACGCUAGCAAACGUGAUCCAUCAUUCACAUGGUCUUGAAUGGGAGCUAGUAAGCAAUAUGUAUUACCUGAAAAAGUAGCAGUACUUCCUCUAGACCUGGAGGUAUAAGUCCACAUUGCUUUGCAGUGUGUUGUGUGGAUUUUCUAACUAGCUCUCCACUACCUCAGGGAUCUCUGUGUGCGAUUUAGCUAUUUCUCACCUACAGAAGGUGGAUUCCUUUUUAAAAAUACUACACUUUAAUAUAGUUAAUGAUGUUACAGUAUCUGGGUGGUGUAAGGGGUUCGGGCAUAUCCAUCCUUCCUCACCACAUCCUAUCCUUAUUUAUUUUUUCCAUUGUCACGUCCAUUUGAAAUAGAACCCAGAGCUCUCUGGGAGCAUGCUUCUGUGUUCGGUAAAGGAGUAGUGCACUUUUGGAUGUUGACAAAUAAGUUAUUUCUACAACUUUGUUUGCUGUGUGGAUCUGCUCUCAACUCGGUUGCAUGGGCUUUUGCAGCCCCUAGAAAUGGGGAGCAUUCAUUCAGUUUUGUUUGGCUUUACUGAAAUAGGUCAUGGUGCCAAAAUGUGCCUUGCCUCUAGACAUUUGGGUAUCUGUGAUAAGAAGGGAUGCUUAUUAUUAAUUAAUAUGAAAUGCUUAGACUCCUUUUUACCUCUGUGUCUAUGACCAGACAGAAAACGAUUGAUUUGUGCACUAAUUUGCUAAUUCUCUGAAGGUUUUCUUAUGUAUCAUCUUGAAACGGAUUUCUGAAAAAUUGCAUAGUAAGAUAAUUUGAUAAAAUAAAUCGAGAAUUUCCCAUUAUGAAA